UUGGAGACGACUGCCACGGGCAGUCAAAUAGAGUCCUUUAGAUCCGACUACGAAUACGACUACCAGUACGAGUUUACUGUUUUUGAAGGACUGCGCAUGCGUCAUGACCGUGACAACAUCACGCAAGUGAACAAACUCGUUGUCCACUUUUCGUCGCCAACAACUUUUUUCUGAGAAGUGGUAGUGGGGACUACGAGAUUUUGAAGGUACGUUUGUUUCUUUGGCCUAAGGUGAAAAGAGUUGGUUUGUUGUAAAAUGCACCUAGUGAAGCGGUGAAGAAAGUUUUUAAUGGCAAACGUUUGUCACAUUUGGCAAAUGCAACGAAAAUGACAAACCUUUACAGACGCUCUUUACAGCUUACUUUAGCCAAUGUAGCUUCCCCUUUCUGAGAAAAAUAUCUUGCAUUCUAUAAAGCCAUAUUAAAUUAUCGUACCGCGGUGAGGACGAUGAACAUGUGACCGGGAGAAAAAAAUCUUGAGUUACGCAAACGUGGUCGUUCUUUUUCUUCAGGCAGAAUUGCUCUAAGAUUUUCUGGACCUAUAAGCUUAUUUAAACGAUUCGGUAAUUUUCUUCCGAAAGAUGAACUUUAAAUUUUUAUUCAUAAAGGUUCUGGCGAAUCCACCAGUUUUUAAACUCUUACGGGCUUCAAACGUAGUUUCUUUCAAUUAAGGUGAUAUUUUUAGUUAUCGGAAGGUCUUUUUCAUUUUUUCGCCUCUAGAGUUUACCUAAAGAAAAUAAUUUUUCCCUGAGUUAUUAAGGUAAUGCUCUUGAAACAAAACUUGAGCUAUUUCUUAUAUUAAAGGUCAUAUAAGUUAAGCGUUACUUAUUGAUUUAAGGUGGCUCCGUCAUUAAUACAGGCGCAUUUAACUGUUAAGAAGUUUUCGUCAUAACUUUUUUGUUUUUAACGUGAUGGCUGAGAAUCUUUGCAAAGAACAACAGAUAUCAUUCGGCAAUAGUACGAAAUAUUCCGAUUUCGUUGAUGGCAAAUAUAUUUUGCUAAAUUAGCGCUUUAAAGGACCCUACUGUUCAAAGAAAAUUGCGUCUAGUCAAAAACAUUUGCUGAUAUUUUUUACUGAAAUUUCUGGUAUCGGCUUCAAUUGAUAUAAUAAAUAUGGCAGAGGAAUUUCAGAAAAAUCGUUGGAGCAGAAGUCCGUAACUAAAAGUCGCCCCUAAAUUUAGCUGUGAAAUUGUUUUGGAAUUUCAAGAAUAAAUUGCUAUCAGGUAGACGGAGACACCAGUUUGAAUUUUCGGGACAAGUAAAUUCAAUGUUUCCUAAUUCUUAAAGCAAAAGGCGAUUGCCUAUCGCACUAUUCUUUAAAAGGUACUUUUUAGUUUUAGAAGCACUAUAAAUUGCUCCAAUCCUUGCUCUGAAGUAGAAUGACUUGUUUCUUGACAUUUUUGAAAUAUCCCUUGGAAGUUUUGGCUCAAACUCCUGCUACAUGCAUUUUGAUGUAUUGCAAUGCAUUUUCAUUGUUUUUACUGCCGUUCGUUGCUUCCAACUCAGGAAAAAGGUAUUGAGAUUGGACGCUACCUCGUAUCAGAGCUCAGAUAGAACUGUUCAGCACCUUUGUUUAUGACUACAAAAUGAGCACGAGUGGCAGUUCUGCAAAGAAUUCGCACCUCACCCAGGGGAACGAUCGACAAUGAAGCCUAUACCUGUGAACCGAAUCACAUCACAGUGCAAAAUAAAAUUAUCGCAAAAAUACUGCUCGUGAAUAAAUUUACAACUCUGAAAUUCUUGUCACUCCUUCCUUCAAUGAAUGGGUGGUUUUUUUCUUGAUUAUCAUGUUUUGCUCUGCAGUACAUGUUUAUACAGAUCGGUUCGCAGACGUGGGCAUCAUUGCCGUUCAUCCCCCUGGCUGAGGUGCGAAUUCCUCGCACAGCUGCCGCUCGUGCGCAUUUCUUGUCAUAAACAAAGGUGCUGGACAGUUCCGUGAUCUGAGCUUCGAUACAAGGUAAGUUAAGGUAGCUUACAAUCCGAAUACCUAUUUCCUGAAUUGGAAGCAACGUACAGCAAGAAAAGCCGUUAAGGAUGCAUUACAAUACAUCAAAAUGUAUGUAGCAGGAGUUGGAACCAAAACUGCCAAGGGAUAUUAUAAAAAUGACGAGGAACAAGUCAUUCGACUUCAGAGCAAGGUUUGGAACAAUUUAUAGUGCUUCUAAAACUAAAGAGGACCUUUUAAAGAAUAGUACAAUAGGCAAUCGGCUUUUGUUUUCAGAAUUGGCAAAUAUUGAAUUCACUUGUCCCGAAAAUUCGAACUGGUGGCUCCUUCUAGCUGAUAGUAAUUUAUUUUUAAAAUUCUAAAACAAUUUUACAGCUGGAUUUUGAGCGACUAUUAGUUACGGACUUCUGCUCCAACGAUUUUUCUGAAAUUUCUUUGGCAUAUUUAUUAUAUCAAUAAAAGCCGAUACCAGAAAUUUCAGUAAAAAAUAUCAGCAAAAUUUUUUGCUAGACGCGAUUUUCUUUGAACAGCAGGGUCCUUUGAAGCGCUAAUUUCUCAAGAAAUAUUUACCAUCAAUGAAAUCGGAAAAUUUCACAUUAUUACCGAAUGACUUCUGGUGUUCUUUGCAAAGUUUCGCAGCCAUCGCGUUAAAAACGAAUAAGUUAUGACGGAAAUUUGUCACAGCUAAAUGCUCUUGUAUUAAUUACAGAGCUACCUUAUUAGGCAAGCAAUUAAAAAUUUAGUUUGUGUUAAAGUAAAACAGAAGUUUUUUUUCAAAAUAAGUAUUCAUCCCUUCAUUUUCUGCUUUUAUUUUUCAACUGAUGAAAAUAAGACGUGAAUCUUCUUUAAAAACAAAAUGAUGCACUAUUGUGACCUUUCAUCAUUAAUUUCUUUUUUUUUUUACCAUCAGAUAUUUUUAUUGCUAUUUUGGGUAAUGCCAUGUAACUCAACGAAAGUACCUAAUAAAUUGUUGUUGUUGUUGUUGUUGUUGUUUAGACCACCAUGGCCAAAACGUGAAGUAUUCAUCUGGAAAAAAUUUCAUGAGACUCCUUUACUAAAAUAGAUUCUGUUGGAAGAACCGUAUAAGUUUAAUCCUGGAACAAAAGAGAGAGGGACUGCUUGGUCUCAUAUAGCAGACACCUUGAAUACACAGGGAAUGAAGGUAACACAAAGAUCGGUGCGAGAAAAGUUCGACAAACUCAAUCAAGAGUUCAAAGAAAGGGGAAAAAAUGAGAUAAUGACUAGUGGUGCUGAAGUUGAAUAUGAUGAAAAUCAUCAAGCAUUAACAGAAAUUUAUGAGAGGAUGACAUGAUGUGAAGAGGUGCGACAAACAAAGGAAACUACUGAGAAAGUAACAGCAGUGCAAAUGAGAAAGACGGCAACUGAAAAGUUGAGUGCUACCAAAAGACGAAAUAGAGAUGCAUAUGAUUGUGAUGAACCAGAAGAGGAAUCACCAAAGAAGAAGCAAAGCCAUACAAACUUACUGGAAAUGAUGCAGCAGAGUAUAGCCAUGAAGAAAGCUGAACAGCAGGAGCACUGGAAAAUUAGACGAAGAGAGCUUGAUUUAAGGGCAUCAGAAUUACAACAACAGCAGCAAUUUCAAAAAGUUGUUUUGCAACAGCAGCAGAAAUUUCAGCAGGAGCAACCAGCCAUGAAAAAUGCACCAAAAUAA